AUGGCGCGUCCCAACUUCAGUAGCAGACUGUCGCUCCCCCACCGCCUCAAGGGCACGACUUCAACAACAACAACAACAACAUCAACAUCAACAUCAGCAACAACAACAAGCGCCUCAACUACGUCUACCUCGCCCUCUAGCCUAUCGGCGAAUCGCAACGGCAGCCCCAAGCGCACAAUGGCCGAGCAGGGUCGCCCGCCCGCGCUGGUGUUGAGGGCCAAUGUCAUCAAGGGCAGGAAUCUCGCUGCAAAGGACCGGAGUGGUUUCUCCGACCCGUAUCUUGUAGUCACCCUCGGCGACGCUACGGAAACAACCCCUACUAUCAACAAGACGCUCAACCCCGAAUGGAACACCAUCCUCGAACUGCCCAUCAUCGACGAACAGAGUCUCCUGCUCGAGGUCUACUGCUGGGACAAGGACCGCUUCGGAAAGGACUACAUGGGCCAGUUUGACGUCAUACUCGAGGACCAAUUCUUAAACGGCCAGGUACAGCAGGAGCCACAGUGGUUUCCUCUCCGCUCAAAGCGGACGGGCAAGAAGAAGUCUGUGGUCUCGGGCGAGAUCCAGAUCCAAUUCUCGCUUGUUGACCCUACGAACCUCGCUGCGACCCCCGACCAGAUUCUCUCCAAGUUCCUCGCCAUUGCAGGCCAGACACCGAGCCCAGACGAGGAAGACGAGGAGCUCCUGCUUCGUGGCGACAGCAAUGCUACCGACAACGACGACGAUGACGACAGUUCAGACGACGUUGGAGGCGACGAAUCGAAGAAGGCCGAGAAGAGGGAAAAACGGCGGAGGAGACUCAGGCUGGCCAAGCUUAGGCGCAAGGCCAAACAGAGGAGCGGCUACGAAUACUCGAGCAACGGCGAUGUGGCAGGUGUGCUCUUUUUGGAGAUCCAGAGAAUCACAGACCUACCACCUGAGCACAAUGUCACGCGGACCUCAUUUGAUAUGGACCCUUUUGUCGUCACCUCGCUUGGAAAGAAGACGUACCGCACAAAAACGGUGCGCCACGACCUGAACCCUGUAUACGACGAGAAACUCGUCUUUCAAGUCCUCAGACAUGAAGUCAAUUACUCUGUCAGCUUCACAGUCGUGGACAAGGACAAAUUCUCGGGCAACGACUAUGUGGGCACGGUCAACUUCCCACUUGACAAGGCACUUUCCGUGGCCCCACAAGCCGACCCGGAGACGGGUCUGUAUAAGCUCCCAGAACCGUCGGAUUCACCAGGGGCUCAAUCAGACGGGGAGAAGGCAGCACGGCGGUCGCGCUUUCGUAUACCCAUCUCUCGUUCGUCAUCUACCAACAGUCUGUCCCGUCUCAGCCGACCAUCUCUUAAGAAAGAAUCAUCCACGGGUUCUCUGUCCGUUAAAGACUCGAACAGUGCUCUACCGCAAGGGCCUACGAGUACCCCACAGGCUCACGCGGCCGACUCUUCGGGCAACUUGACUGUAGGUGGGACUGCCAACAUUAACCCUUCAGCUGUAGAUGACGAAGACUUGAAAAUGUACACCCUGCCCCUGGAGAUGAAGAAUAAAGAACGGUGGGAAGCCAAACACAAUCCAACCCUGUACAUUCGAGCCAAGUACCUACCCUACAAGGCUCUGCGUCAACAAUUCUGGAGGGCUAUGCUUAAGCAGUAUGACGCAGAUGACAGUGGCCUGCUCGACAAAGUGGAGCUCACUACGAUGCUGGACACUCUUGGGUCCACUUUGCACGAGACGACGAUUGACAGCUUCUUCACCAGAUUCACGGCCCAGCAUAACGGCGAUGAGCUGCUGACCUUUGACGAAGCCGUCAUCUGUUUGGAGGAUCAACUGCAAGCAACCGAAGACCAGCAGGCCAAGCGCGUAGGAAGUGGAAAGUUUGGUGCCAGUGGCUUCUUCACGCCAGGUACCGAAACACCGUCUCUCGCAUCUGGCCAACUUACGCCUAUCAACAAGGAUAGCUCGACCACCUCGAUACCCGUAUUGGAGACGGACACAUUGGGUGUGGAAGGAGAAGAAGGCGACAACAUCAACGUAGACGACUUGGCGGAUGACAAGGGUGUAGAGCACGUUAUUGAAAUCCGCGAAUGCCCCAUCUGCCACCAACCGAAGCUGAACAAGAGAUCAGAUGCUAAUAUCAUUACUCACAUCGCUACGUGCGCCAGCCAGGAUUGGAGGCAGGUCAACAAUAUCGUCAUGGCUGGAUUCGUCACAUCUAGCCAAGCGCAACGAAAGUGGUACUCCAAGGUCAUCACUAAGAUAUCGUAUGGUGGCUACAAGCUCGGCGCCAACUCUGCCAAUAUCCUUGUUCAAGAUCGUCUCACUGGGCAGAUCAACGAAGAGCGUAUGAGUGUAUAUGUUCGACUUGGUAUCCGCUUGCUGUACAAGGGUCUCAAGUCGAGCAAUAUGGAGAAGAAACGGAUCCGAAAACUUCUGAAAUCCCUCAGUUUCAAACAGGGGAAGAAGUACGACGACCCUGCUUCAUGUGCGGAGAUUGCACCCUUUAUCGCCUUCCAUCAGCUUGACAUGAGCGAGGUGCUACUACCGACCGACAAGUUCAAGAGUUUCAACGAGUUCUUUUACCGAGCUUUGAAGCCUGGUGCUCGCCCCUGUUCUGCGCCUGAUGAUCCUCGUGUCAUUGUUUCGCCUGCUGACUGCCGUUCCGUCGUCUUCAACACGAUUGACGCUGCGCAGGCCGUCUGGGUAAAGGGCCGUGAAUUUACCGUGGAACGUCUACUUGGUGAUGCCUACCCUGAAGAUGCCAAGCGCUACCAUGGCGGCUCGCUGGGCAUCUUCAGACUUGCGCCGCAGGAUUAUCAUCGCUUCCAUAUCCCAGUAGACGGUGUCAUGGAUGAGCCCAAGCUAAUCGAAGGAGAGUACUACACUGUCAACCCGAUGGCCAUUCGUUCGGCGCUUGACGUGUACGGCGAGAACGUUCGUGUGAUUUGUCCGAUUGACUCUGUGGCACAUGGCCGCGUCAUGGUCAUCUGCGUUGGUGCCAUGAUGGUAGGUAGCACUGUGAUUACGAGGAAGAAGGGAGACCACGUCAAGCGAGCUGAGGAAUUGGGAUACUUCAAGUUUGGCGGCAGUACGCUCUUGUUGCUCUUCGAGCCUGGCCAGAUGAGGUAUGACGAUGACUUGGUGGACAAUUCCAACUCGGCGUUGGAAACACUUAUCCGCGUCGGCAUGUCCAUUGGCCAUAGCCCGAAUAGACCACCUCAUGUGCCCGACAUGCGCAAACAGAACCCCACAAUGGAGGAGAAGCAGGAUGCCAAGCGCCGUAUCGAAGGCAGUCUUGCACCCGAGGGCGUCACGGGGCCAAUGCCUGGAGCUGGCAUGUAG